GUUGGCAGCGAUUUUGGAUAUUUUCCAAAGGAUUUACUUGAAAUAAAUCACAAUUAUUCCAAUGAGGAGCUAGAGUUACCAACAGAUGAAACAGACUUUGUUUGCUUUGAUGGCGGAAGGGAUGAUUUUGAUAAUUAUAAUGUGGAUGAACUUUUGAAGUCAUUGCAAGAGACAAGAGCAAAUGAAGGGGAAACUGAAUCAAGUGAUCCAGGGGUAAAACCAGCUGAAGGAAUUGGAAGAGAUGAGGAGAUUGAACAGGCUGAUACAGCCAAGUCCCUUGAUGCUUUGGAGAUGGACAAUCUUGAGCUAAGCAUAGAAGACAACAAGGAAGCUUUCGCCAUGACAGAGGAAGCGGACAGUUCUCUUACAGAAGGAACUGAAAAUACUGGGGGAGACUCCAGUGUCAAUACUCAUGAAGAAAACUCUCAGGGAGAUCAAUUUGCAUAUGAGCACUUGAAAGGAAUACUUCAUGGGAAACUAAAAGGGCUAGAAAGUGAAAAUACCAAAAACACUAGUAUUCCUCAGGGUGAAACCAGUCAACUUGACAAAGAGAGUGAAGAAGUCAAUGCCUCUUCACUUUUAAACAGAGAGCUCUCUGUGAACUUGAAAACAAAGUUUGGCUCAACUGCUGAUGCUGUUGUAUCAGAUAAUGAGGUGACUCGCCUUGUUACAUCGCUGGAAGAUGAUUUUAAUGAAGAUUUGAGCAUUAAUACUCAGGAUGCAGAGAAGGAGCCAGGCUUUGCAGAUCAGUCUGAAGAAAUCCCUUUGCUGUCUUUUAUGGCAGAGGAAGAAAUUAAAUCUCCAGUGGAUUUAAAUGAUGAUGAAAACAAUGACGUUGAGUCACAAAAUCAUGAACUUGAUGAAGAUGCAAAGGGUGCUACAGAGCUAAAUAACCAAAGACACAACGAGGAAGAACAUGAUUCAGAUGAAUUUAUUCUUAAGGAUGCCUUCAGUAAGAGCAAGAAUUCAGGUGACAGUGUAAGUGUGGAUAGGUUUGAAUCUCAACAAACAAAAGAGGAACAGGAUGAGGUGAUGCUCAUUAGUAAAAGGGAAGCAUCAGCAACAACUCAACCUGAGGAUCUCUCUAAAGAACUCCUCAGAAAGAAACCUGUAGGUGGAGGUGAUUUGGGUUCCAAAGAAAAACCAAACAAUACUGAACAGUUUGAAGAGCAGCUCACAGUUGAUGGAACUGAGCCACACACUGAAGAGCUGAAGAGUACAGCUGUGCCUGAUCCUCAUGUUUUGCCUAGUCCAGGACAUUAUCUGGAUUCCAAAUCAUUGGUUAAAAGCAAGAAAGAUGCUUUAAAACCACCUGUUGAUGAUACCAACAUAAAUCCAGAAAGAGCGCUGCCUGCUCAAACAGAGAAAGAGGAGAAAAAGUUUGAGGAUGACACCUUGGGAGAGGUCUUCAAAAGUGAUUUAAAGCACAAAAAGUUAUGGGAGAAAACAAAUGAGAAAGGAAGAGCUGAGGACAAGCCUUCUGUUGAUGUUCCAGCCAAGCCAGUGGAAGAGAUAAACAAUGGAUCUCAGAGUGAAUUAGCAGAUACUGACCUCUCAGAAGAGAAACUGGAGCAUGGAAUGCCUGCUGUAGAGAAAGAGCUUCUAAGACAUGAAGAAGAUUUGAAACAAACAGGAGAGCCUGAUCAUGAAAAUCAAAACCCCACCUCUGUUAACAAAGAACCUGAAAUAAAAAGGGGAAACAUGAAAGACACCCCUGCAGGGGAGGGAGACCCAAGCCAUAAAGGAGCUGUCAAGCAACCUAGGCCAUGGGAAAAUGAGACUGAGUAUUCAGAGGCAGAUAGGAAAGAACAGUUUUCAAGAAAUCUUGGCAAGAUGACGGGGUUUGGAGAAAGCACUGAGAGAAGUUCCCCUGAAGAAAAAUCUAAAAGCACUACACAGAAUACUAAUGUGGAGAAUCUUACUCAGCAAGGAACUGCUCGUACGGAGGAUGCAGUUUCAGACAGAAAUCUUGGCACUCAUUUAACUAAAGAAGGAACACUAAGACCAGAAUUGCAAUCUGAAGAGCCAGAUGCUGAAGACAACCCUGAUCUCAAACAAGUAGAGGAAGAGCUACUGGAAGAUGAGAAUGCUGCAAGUGCAAAGCUGUCACAAGCAAGGGCUGCAAAUGUACAGGGUGAUACACCAAAUGUUAAAAGUACAAACCCUGAAUUAGACAUACGAAGCGAAGCUGUUUUGGGAACUGCAACUCCUACUCACAAAACAGGAGAGGAAACAAACACAUUUUCUAAAGAGGCUAAAAAAGCGGUCAGCAUGCAAGAUACAAGUGAGACUGGGAACAAAGAGGGUGAUGUACCAGUGAGUGAAGAUGCUAAAUGGGAUGACAUGGAACAAUUCAUGGAAGAUGAUGAGGAGCCUUCUGAAGCUGAGGAACCAUUAGCUGUGGAAGAACAUAAUUUCCAACCUCCUGAUGCAGAAGACAAGAACGACUUUAAGCAAAGGAAAUAUCAUCUCCCAGAGGGCAUUACACAGAAAGACUCAAAAGAGGUGCAAAAUUUAGAGCAUACAAAAAAUUACCACCAGCAAUCUGCAGAUUUCCCCAGCCCUGCUGACAGCUCAGCAGCCACUGUAACAGACUUCAGUGACUCAGUGAAGCGCCUUACAAUAAUGAGAGGUUUUCUUGAUGAAAAGCGUGUAAUACGUCUACAAAAGUACCUUGGGCUUCAACACGUGGUUAGGAUAGAAGCCAUGUUUCACGACAUGAAGGUAGAGAUGGAGCUUUCUCGGAAGGCAAGCCAUAAUAACGAAGAUGUAGAAAAAGCUUUGGACCAGAUACUUGAGUUUUCAGAAACGAGCAUUAUGGAUGUUGUGGGAAAAGUUCUGGAUUCCAGAGCGGCAGAAAAUAAAGAGGAGGUGGUGAAAGAGAUGGAUUUGUAUGAUGAGGAGAGCGCACUGAUGGAUGAUAUUCAAGAAUUAAUAUAUUCUUUAAGGAGUAAAUAUUCGUCUGCUAGUGACAGUGUCCCACUUGCAUCUCUUCCAGAACAGGAAGAUAAUCAGCUGCACAUUCAAGAUAGUGCAAAAGAGGCUGAAUAUGACAAAGUUUCCAUGAGACCCUUAAAUGCCAUUGAUGAGAGCAAUCAGAAAUUUCAACAGCUUGAAGAUAAGAGGCCAGAACAGCCUGUUGAGGAGGAGAGGGCUGUUAAUCCUCCACCUGAGCACGAAGAGGCCAAUUUCUUUGAUAACAGAGAAGCUGAAGAAGCAUACGAUAGUGAAAGAGAAUUGCUGCUGGAAGAUACUUCCUUUGGGUCAGUUGAUUCGGAACAGAGUGCCAGAGAAGAUAUUGCUGCAGACCCCGACGAGGGCAGCGGGCGGGCGGCAGGACGUGGGGCGGAGGCAGGCGCCGCCUCAGUGGGAGGUCUCGGUGAAGCGGUGCCGGCGGCCCGAGAGCUGCUCCGCUGG